CACCACUUGGGAGUCCGUCAUGCUGGUCUGGAUACCUGGGUUUGACGGUGGAUACAACCAACGGUUUCACAUCCAGAAAUCUGGUGGAGGGGAGGAGCCUAAGAGGCUAGAGGUCGCACCAAGCUCUUCCAGAUCUUUCAAUGUUACCAGUAAGUUGACCUGGUUUCGUUGCUGUAUUAAGUCUUGACAAUCAAUCGAUGCAAAGAGCUGACAAUUGAUAGAUGCAUACAGCUGACAAUCAAUCAAUGCAUACAGCUGACAAUCAAUCGAUGCAUAGAGCUGACAAUCGAUAGAUGCAUAGAGCUGAAUUAUAAAGUCUAGUUGACAUUUUAUCUAGUUUAUAAAAUAGCACGAUCUUGAUGAAUGGCAGUAUUUGUAUAAGUCGAGCACUUACUAGCCAAGUGCCCGAUGCCAAAGAGUGGCAUGACACCCAACCACGUUGAUAGUUAAAUUUACAGCAAUGCCUAGCUAUUGCGGCAGGCCUGUAACGUAAUUGCCGGAACCAUUAAAGAGCAGUAGCUCGUUCCAAAAAGUGAAUCUAAUAUUUCAGUACAAGUCAUCUCUGUCAUUUUAACUUCCCUUUUAUGUCACUUAGUCAUAUAACUUCUCACUGUUGUCCCAUGGUAUCUGUUGUCUUAUGAUAUAUGUUGUCCUAUGAUAUCUGUCAUAUUUAGAUAUCUGUUGUCCUAUGAUCCUAUGAUAUCCGUUGUCAUAUGGUAUCUGUUGUCAUAUGGUAUCUGUUUUUGUCCAAUGAUAUAUGUUGCCUUAUAUCUGUUGUCCUAGGAUAUAUGUUGUCCUGUGAUAUCUAUUGUCCUAUGAUAUCUAUUUUCCUAUGAUAUCUGUUGUCCUAUGCUAUCUGUUUUUGUCCUAUAUCUUUUGCCUUGUAUCUUUUGUCCUAGGAUAUCUGUUGUCCUAUGAUACCUGUUGUCCUAUUAUAUCUGCCAUCCUAUGAUAUCUGUUGUCCUAUGAUAUCUGUCAUCAUAUGAUAUCUGUCAUCCUAUGAUAUCUAUUGUCCUAUGAUAUCUGUCAUCAUAUGAGACAUGUCAUCCUAGGAUAUCUGUUGUCCUAUGAUAUCUGUCAUCAUAUGAUAUCUGUUGUCCUAUGAACUCUGUUGUCCUAGGAUAAGCUUCUUCCACAACCCUCCAGUUGUUUGACCUAGAUAGCUAUUCUAACAAAUUUAUUGACAGUUUUGUUGUUUUUGUUUCGAUGCCCUAAUAAAUUUGUUUCAAUAUUUUGUUUUUCUAGAACUUCGUCCAUCCAACACUUACACAUUCCAAGUAGUGGCAGCCAAUGAGUUAGGAUUCGGGCCUGUCUCCCUGCCUGUUGUUGUUACAACAAAUAGUACGUUUUUUGGGGUGUUUUUUAUUACAAUUAAAAAUUGUCAAAUUUCCUACAAGCCCAAAGUUUAAACUUCGAAUUUGUUAUUAUUACCAUGCAUCGCAUGGUUUACAAUUUACCUCAAAAUUUAAGCUUGAAUAAUUUAGUUUGUUACUAUGUAAUAUUUCAUAAGUUUUUGUGCUAAAUAAGAGUUAAUGUUUUGGACCUAAUUAACUUUAUGGUCAUUAAGAAGUUGAACAUAUAAACAUGAAACAUAUAAACAUGAAACAAUAAACAUACAAGAUCCACAUAAAGAUAAAACUUUUAUGAUUGUAACUCAUGUUUUUUAAAGUAACUUUCUAAAUGUUAACUCAAAUCCUUCAAAACUGGGGAAAUUUUUUUUGUUCACUAUUGUAUACAAAUAUAAGAAAUUCUCAUUCAGAACAGUUAUAUAAAUUGAUGAAAUUAUGUUUUGUUUUAAAAACCAGAUUUGCUGAUACCAACACUUCCGAAAAUUCCAGUCUUUGAUGCCAAAUAUAAAAAAUUAUUAGUUAUCUCCCCAUAUGAUAAUGAUUAUUGCCUUCGAG